AUGUCCACUGAAGAGUCUUCAAGGCCCCAGCAGGCCCCAGAAGAGGGAAAUCUCAGAUAUGCUGCUUACGCCAACCGGUUCAGAACAAUUCUCCGUGCUUCCCACAGAUACAUCGCCUACACCUCGGACAUUGGCGAGUCCUUCCGGCCCGUGGCCCACCCGUAUUUGGUGACGUUGGGAUACGGUGUAUCCUGGGCGUAUUUGUUGUGUGACGUUGGAUACGCCUCAUGGGUGGUGAAGAUGAGGAACGAAGGAAGAUACAAGCCGGGGCUUUUGCCAUGGCAACCGACACCAGAGGAGAACAAGGAAGAAGCGGUGAAGUACAGACAACAGGUGGGCAACUCGCUCUCUGAAACGGACUGGAGGGUGCAGUUUGCAAAAAGAGGCAUUUUCCAAGGUCUUGCCUCCAUGGGAUUGCCUGCAUUGACCAUCCACUCUGCCGUAAGGUACUCGUCAGUGUUGUUCAAAAACGUCCAGACCAAGGCGAUCAAGACAUACGGCCCUGUCAGUGUGGGCUUGGGUAUCGUGCCUCUUUUGCCGUAUAUCUUCGACGAGCCUGUUGAGCACGUGGUGGACUAUGUGUUUGACCAAGGCGAGGCCUUCUACAGAAAGAAGUUAGAGUAG